CAAUUACUUAUCAUUUCCUGUAAUUAUGUUAUAAGGUUUAUAAAAUACUUGGCAUUUAAAACGUUAUAAACUUAUUUUACAACUAUUACUACAAACAACACAUUUUUAUUUAAACACAAAUACAUCCAUUUUAUUAAAAAAUGAAUAUAGUGGUGCAAAGUGAGGUUGUUAUUUUUAAAUUAUUGGUAUUCGUGAUAACACAAACUGAAAACGCUGCUCUCCAGAGUGUCGGGAUAAAGAAUUCAUUAUAUGAAAUACCAGGGUUAGGUAAUCAACCUGUAAUGAUCAAGGCAAUUCCUGGAAUCGAAAACUACCAGAGCGAUAUAUUUGAAGUUUAUGCGGAACCUUAUCUUCAAAAUUUAUACACCAAAGCAGCUAUAGCUAUACUUCAAGCUGAAGCGGAGAAUGGAAUAACUGGUGAAAUCAUGUUUAUACAAAGAGAUCCACCAUUAGGACCAACUUUGAUAACUGGAAAUAUAACAGGAUUACCAGCUGGGAAACACGGUUUCCAUAUACACCAAUCAGGCGACUUAAGGCAAGGUUGUGAAAAAAUUGGCGGACAUUUUAAUCCAUAUUUGUUAAGGCAUGGAGCUCCUUUUGACCCAAUACGACACGUUGGCGACCUCGGAAAUAUCGAAGCUGGUGAAGAUGGUAAAGUCGAAAUAAGAUUUGUUGAUCCUCUUAUAUCACUUACUGGAGGUCCAAGAGGAGUAGUGGGCCGUUCAUUAGUCGUAGCGACUAAUGAAGAUAAUUUAGGCGUUGACGGCACUGCAGAUAGCCUAUUGAAUGGACAAUCUGGAAAACCUUUAGCUUGUGGUGUAAUUGCUUACAUCAGAUAGAGAUGGAAUAGUUAAUAAAUCUAUUGUUUUUUUUUAUAAUUCUGUUUUGAGGUGUUUUAACCUCUUUAAUAACCUUUUCGUUACUCUUUGUUUAUUGUGAAUGUUUCACUCAUAGCUCAUGAAGUCCCUCAUCUAGCUGUCUAACGUCAUGUUACAGGCAUGAAGAUGGUCCUGUGAAGCCGAAACUAGUUGCUCCUAAAUUUAUUUACAAUAAAAUUG